UAGUCACAUGAUGUUUAUUUUGAUUGUUUAUAUAAGUACGUGUAUAGCUGCACAGUUAUUACAAUCUCUUUAUAAGCCUUUGACAUUGUCUAGUGAAGUCACAUGUAAGUAGCUAGCUGCACAGUUAGUUUGGACUAAACAUGUUUGGCCAAUUUUCUAGCCCAUCACUCAAUGAGGGAGGUUACGACUACAAGUUCAUAGAAGAACCUGCAGACUCUCUCAAGUGUCUCAUCUGUCUGCUAGUAGUUAGGGAGCCACAACAACAUGGCGGCUGUGGGAAGCUAUUCUGUAAAGUGUGUAUUGACAAGCACAAGGUCUUUAGCAAUGCUUGUCCAUGCUGUAGAAGACCACUCUUGCAAUUGGGGCAAUCUACCCUUUUCCCUGACCUUAGAAGUGAGCGGGAGGUGAAGUCCCUCUUUGUUCAAUGUCCAACAGCCUGUGAAUGGAAUGGAGAGCUGCGGUCACUAAAAGACCAUAUACAGAAGGACUGUGGGAACACUUUAGUUCCUUGCCCAAAUGGUUGCAACAAUGGCUCAACAAAACUUAGACGGAACAACAUAGAUUUUCAUCUACACCAAAAAUGCCCAAAUCGAUUACUUUUGUGUACAAAUUGUUGGAAAGACGUCGAAUUUAGGAAUGCCAAAAAUCAUGAACUAAACGAGUGCCCCAAGAGACGGUACACAUGCCCACACUGCAAUGAAGCUGGUGCGUAUGAUGAGAGAACUACUACACAUCUAGAAGUCUGUCCUAAAGUCAAGGUUGAGUGCUCCAAGUGCUUGGUUAAAAUAUUUCGCUGUGAUAAGUCACGUCAUCCAUUGGUUUGCCCGAAAGAACCAGUUUACUGUAAGUACUACAACAUUGGUUGCAAAGAGAAGCCUCUAAGAAAAGACAUAGACACACACGAGGAGAAUGCUCAGCUUCACCUGUCACUAGCAACUGAAGAGGUAUUGAGGCUAAAGAACGAGAAAAAUAAACUAACAUUCAGAAUGAAAAAAUUUGAAUCCAAUAAAAAUGAUAGUAAAAAUAUUAUUACCCCUUCCUUCCACACCUCAAGAGCAGGGUACAAAAUGUGCUUGAGAGUUGAUGCUAAUGGCUGGGGUGAUAGCAAGGGCACGCAUGUUGCAGUGUAUGCCUAUCUCAUGAAGGGAGACAAUGAUGACUCCCUGUCCUGGCCGUUCACUGGGAGGGUCAUAAUCGAGCUACUCAACCAACUGGAGGACAAGAACCAUCACAAGAUGAUGCUCCCAUUUCCACCAGACGAUGUGGCCAGCAAAAGAGUGGUGGGUAAAGAGACAGGGACAGGAUAUGGCUCCCCUGACUUCAUCUCCCACGCUGACCUCGCUCGCAAGUUUCUUACAAACACUCAGUACCUCAAAGACGACACUCUAAUAUUCCGAGUAUCUGCAGAAGCUCCUGACUACAAACCGUGGCUGGAGUGCACUAAUUGACUAUAGCUACACAGUAUCAUCAUUAUAUGUGUAGAACUAACUUAAUUUAGGUUACUCUACUAUCUUCGAUUGUAGGUCGCAUAAAUUACAUUGUUUCUUGCGGCCUGGAAUCGAGGCUGUGGUUUGACCUCUAUUUAAGACACAACAUAAACAAAUAA